AACUCAUCGCAAUGAACUGUUGAUAUUAGUUAACACACAAAAGGAAAUCAAGCAUCAAAAGACGAAUCAUCAGUCGAGCUCCGUUAUAAUCAUUUUCGACCCCAGUGUUCUUCUUUAAGAAACAGCGGGACGAUCAUUCGAUCGUCGCUACUGCACCAUACAAAUCGGUGCAUACUCUGUUAUUGCGAUAGUCCAUUUUUACAGCCAUUUAACAGUGUCAUUAUCCCAUUUACUCAUUAUCACCAUCUUCAUCAAAACGACUAGCAAUGCCCUGGUCAACAAGUCAGCCCUUGAUUUGUUGUAAGCUGAAAGCAUUACAAAGUUGGAUAUCUCUUCAUGGAUAGAUAAUCAAUGAGCGUAUGGAGGUUUGUCCAGAAUCCUACGUACUGCACGUUACGGGUAAAACAUGCAACAGCUAGACCUCAUUUAUUCGUAGUGAUUUGCGGGCGUGUGUUGCCUCAUCCGCACGAUGCCGUAGAAUUCUCGCCAGCUCGCAAGCCUCUCCACUCUGACCGAUCGUAUAGCGAGAGCAUUCGCAGCACGACCGCGACGAUGAAGAUAAAAUGCAGGUCGCUGUCGAGCGGGGUAUAUUCGCUACAGCGCUUGGUGCGGUCGAUGACAGUCGAUGCGCUCACGAAAUCUUUCAAAUAUAAAUUAGCUGUGCGCACGCGCGACGAGGAGUCGAUGAUUGUUACCUUUUAUCCGGCAUGCACACAGACUCCGCAAUGUCUGCUCAAUGAAGAGCUAACUCGGCGGCUACCGCGAACAUGCGCACAGCAGUAUCUGCAGUAGGGCAAGCGCUCAUGAUGCCAACAUUCUUCGCAAUACUAAAUGCGAAGCUGUCGGUUAGUAAGUUCGACGGGAGUGAGCUAUUUAAGGUACAAGGGCCUGUCUUCUUCGACUGGGUCUGCACGUUUUUGUGUGGCGAUAGCUGGCCGAGUCCACAUGUGGACAUACGCAAAAUGAGGACGCUAAAGGCGGCUUGCUGAGUCAAAACCACAGUAGAACGGCUGUGGGAAUUAUCACAUGCAAAUAGAUACGUGGUGAGACCAAAGGCCGAUGCUACUACGGCUAGCCGUAUCAUGAUACUGUUCAAAUAGAAAAUAGAUUUCAAGCGCAUACGGGCAGAACACCGGUUGCUGUCAGUUACGCAUGCGGAGAAGCAGAAUCGCUCGUAUUGGACAGUAUAUGCAUCAAGCAUCAUGUUAGUGAAUGAACGUUUUUAUGCGUGUCAAGCACGACUGGACACGUACACUACUACAUUUGUCAUGCUACUGUAUCGGCGCACUUUGUGCACUCAAUUCGUUACAAGGCGCAAAGAAAGACGCACCCGAUGUGGCUGCAGAAAAGUUGGUCAGCUGACUGCCACUAUAUAGAGAAGAUGAUAAUAGUGGUUGCAGCAUGAUUCCUGCAGUUCGUGUAAAAAAAUCGAUAAAAGAGC